CAGUGUCAGGCGAUCCCCUCAAAACGAAAGCAGCAUCUCUCAUGAUAUAAAGAAGGACCACUGCGAGUUAACUGUAUUGCGGAGCCAUCGUACUAGCACCAAAUCUCGAGCCGGAACAAAGGCCCUGUGCCAACUGUGACCUCCCAGUCUCCAAAUACGUCUAAACACCAUGGCCAACGGUCUCGACAGACUCGAGAAGUUUUUCUCCAAAAGGAAAGCCUCCAUUACACCCAGUGAAGCCUCCACUGCGCCUUCGAGCACGCCAAGUAGCCCAACCCAGCCGGCCCUCGAACCCUCGUUCCCUUCUCCGUCAUUCAUUCGACCCAAGACGUCUCGCAUGGCGGCUCGAGAAGAAGUUACCCAUAAGCAGACCGGUCCCAAGCCUUCACGAACGCCGAAUGGUUUCUCACCCGUUCGGAAACCCUCAGCAAACAGCAGCCGUUCCGGAUGUACUGCCACCUCGCGGCGAGCAAGGGCUUCGCGCGUGCGCUCCUCAUCUCUCGGCAGUAUCCAGCAUGAGCAGCUGCUUUCAGUUCUGGGAGCGCUCGACGACCCGAAAUCACUGAUCCAUGAACAAUUCCAAGGCCCAAGCUGGUCUGACUUUUCCUUGAAUCCUUUGAGCAAACCGUCUCGUUCCAAUGAGAGCAGACCAACUUCCCCUCUGCACAUCAGCAUUCCUCCAAUCUCCCGUCUUGACACACCACCUUCAUCCGACCCCGAAGAUAGCCCACUGGCUCAGCAUCACCCGAAGACCAAGAGACGAUCCCGGGCCAUACCUUGGGUAAGCCCACUAACCCCUGACGCUUCGCCGGAACUUGGACCAGUGGCAGAAUGGCAGCUCGACGAUCAGCCAACCUUGGAUAUUCGCGACGAGAGCCUGUGCAGGGAUAUACAGAAGCAGCUUGACCAGCCCUUUGGCAAACCGGAGGUGGGGUGUUUCCUCGCCCAACCAGACUCUCGAUGCUCUGCCAAGUCCGAUUGGGACGACGUGCUGUCACCAGCCGCCAGCACACCUUCGCUCGCUUUGAGCGAACCAACUUUCAACGACUUCAUGCAGCUCGACGACGUGACUGUCGCAGAGUCCGUGUGUGGCGACGAUCUGACGAGGCAACAUGCUUCAGCAUUUUCGUGCGGCCCCUUACUUACACUGGAACCACCUUCGGUGAACGCAACGGCAACCGCUGCGGCUCACCAGGCAGCUCGUAUUGCCAGCAAAUUCGACUUUGACAUGCUCUACCUCGUCAACCUGUGGCCUGAACAAGGCUCAUCACGCCAUGGGUCAGAAUCAGCCAUGACUGGGCGCAUUCUUGCUGCCUAUGGGCUGCACAAUGUCCCUUCCCCUUUCCAGAUCUCGGAGAAAGUACACAGCGGUAUUCUCCGUGCCGACGGAUGGCUUGAGCAUAGGGACGACCAGCCAAGCGACGGCGAGUUCGCACGGGCUUAUGCGUGUGCAUUUUACCCGGGUCGUUACGAGGAAUCGUCCACAGCCCGCUGUGCGUCCAUUGACGACCAAGAUACUAUCGACAGAGGGCUGGUGUUCGCCGCCUAUCGCAAGCCCCGAGCCGACGCGAAGGUUCGUGACUCGGACACGGAGGAGCUCGAGCGCCUCCGAUGUGAAGUUGAGACAAUGGUGGAUGUUGUCAUUGACAUCCACGUUGCUCACCAGCUGAGGCAACCACCCCUCAUGACCGCCUAUUGUCUCAAUUCUGGGCCGAUGCCCUCGAGCUAGUGGGAGGCCCUUCAGAUGUACCGGCAGAUGUCCAACGAUCCUUGGAAUCUUUCCCCUCGCUUUCUUUCCUUUCCUAUUUUUUAUCAUUACAAUCUUCGAGAUACCUCUAGGGUGGCUAAAUUCGAAUUCGUAUAUAGGCUUUGAUUGGCAUGCCGUUUUGGAAGGGACAUGGUGUAUUGUAUUGCUUCGGAGUGGCUCAUCGCAGGGUCUGCAACAUCAGGUGU